CCAAAAGAGAAAAACCGAUAAAAAAAAAACCAAAGCAGCAACAACAACAGGAAGAAACGUUUAACAAAUCGCACAAGUCCUGGGCAAAACGGAACGAAACAAUACGUUACCGUUAGGUUAGCCCGUGAGAACCGUUGCAGCGAUAGACGAUACCGAUAAACAAAAUGGCGGAUGGUGGGCAUUCAUUUGUGAAGAAGACAUUUCAUAAGCCAACAUACUGUCAUCACUGCUCCGAUCUACUGUGGGGCCUCAUCCAACAGGGCUAUAUAUGCGAAGUUUGCAACUUUAUCAUACACGAACGAUGUGUCUCCAGUGUGGUAACGCCCUGUUCCGGCAUCGCUCCAUGUAUUAUAAAGAAUCCGGUCGCCCAUUGUUGGUCCGAGCCAACACAUCACAAGAGAAAGUUCUGCACAGUUUGCCGUAAGCGAUUGGAUGAAACGCCAGCGGUGCAUUGUUUAGUUUGCGAAUAUUUCGCGCAUAUUGAGUGCCAAGAUUUUGCUGUGCCCGAUUGCACUGAAAAUGCAACAUAUGUGCCCGGCAAAGAGCUGCUUAAUGUGAAGCAUCAACAUCAUUGGCGAGAGGGUAAUCUGCCAUCAACGUCCAAAUGUGCUUACUGCAAGAAAACCUGCUGGUCUUCAGAAUGUCUAACUGGCUAUCGCUGUGAGUGGUGCGGCAUGACCACUCAUGCCGGAUGUCGCAUGUACCUGCCAACCGAAUGUAAUUUUGGUAUUCUACAACCUAUCUACUUACCUCCGCAUUCAGUCUCCAUACCACGUACUGAGGUGCCAAUUGAGGCGAUCAUUGGCGUUCAAGUUAAAUCGAAGACGACGCUCGUGCGCGAUUAUUCGUGUCCCAGUCCGGAUCUCAGUGUCGGUCCAGGUGCUAAUCCUGGUGCCUGUCCUGGGCCAAGUGCAGCUGCGGCGGCGGAUGUUUGCCUGCGGGAGCUGCUCGAGCUUCACAGGCAACGUCUAGAGCAAUCGAAACAACAUUUUCUACUUUCAACGCCGCCCACGCCCACUUCCUGUGGUUCCAUCUCACUGUGCGUAUCACCCACUCCCUCAUUGACAGUGGGCGAGACGACCAAUGAGCUGGUCCCGUUCGAUGAUGCGGAACACGAGGAUGAGGACGAGGACUAUGAGACGCAACGGCCAACGGAUGUUGCCACCGAGGAGAAUGAUAAUACCACGGAGCACGAUAGUGCCUUACAGAUGACAGCAUCGCUGCAGAAGUCGCCGUCGGCCAAUUCCUCGUUGCAUCUGCUCUAUACCAGUCUAUUCCAUAGGCUGGGUCAGGGACGCAGACGACGCAAGCGACCUGGGGUCUCACAGAGCGAGGGAGACGAUGAGGACGAAGUGGAUGGUGGUGUCUGUGAUAUAAGCGGUGGCGAUCUCAGCGAUGAGUACGAUCACUGCGAUGUGGCCCUGCGUAGGCGCACAGGGCGUCGCCAGCCACGCGACGUCAGCGAGACCGACUAUCAUGGCGAUGUGGAGCUGGAGACGGCGCCGCGUGAAAGCUGUUACGAGACCUCCGAUACCGGCGGCGAGUUGACCAACACUGAUGACCAUGACAUCGACUCAAGCAUGAAUCUGAUUAGCAAUCUUAGCUAUAAUAGUAGUAAUAGUAACACCUCCAAUGAGCAACGUAGGCCGACGGCCCGUUCUCGACCCAAUGUCACUGCCACAGCCAGCGCAAGCGCCACAUCGACUGCAGCCCCGCCCACAAGCACAGCCGCCCCAGCUUGUGGCGAGGCUAAGGCCUUAAGCGUUAAUGCUGGCCGCAACCCAAAGACUGGGGCUCUCUCGAAGCCCAAGACCAUACUCAGUGCGCCCAAGCACAAGGGUAAAGGCGGAUCGGUUAGCUCGCCCAACUCCAGCGACUGUUCUUCGGCAUCUCCGGCACCGGCAAGCGGUUCCAUGACUCUGCAAUUGUCACCGGUGGGCCGUAGUAAGUCGUUCCAGGAGCCGGGAGUAAGCGUGUGGCGUUACAAGAAGUACGGACGAGGUCUCUUCCAGCGACGUCGAUCGAAACGUUCACCCAAAAAUGCCGGUCCCGGCAACAAGAGCAACUACAGCCUGGAUAGAUUGUCUCAGAAUAUUGAGAUCACCAUACAGGAUGAGGAUGGCAAUUAUCAGCCGUAUGAUGAUAAUUUCCAUAUGCUGGCACGACGCUUGGAUACCACCUAUGCCGAUGUGGAGGCGGAUGCCUACGACGAUGUGGAGUUCGAGGAUCUGUAUCUGGAUGAUCGGCCCAGGCGGCCUCGAGGCGUCGGCCUGAGCAGCGAUGAUCUAGCCAUUGCCGGGGAUAUUAGUGACGGCGGCGCGAGCAGCCGAUCACGCGCCAGCGACGGAACCGAUAGCCAUGUCCUGGGACGAUUACUGCGUCGUGUACGUGGUCUAUCGGUGGGUUGGCGCAAACCGCGCCACCAGAAGCGCAGAGCACGCAGCAUUUCCGAGGAGUUUAGCAGUGGCGAUACGCCCCGUUUCAAGGAUGAAGAGUCGGCCAGCAAAACCGAGUCCGCUCAUGGACAAAGCAGCGGCGGUACUCCUAGCGGGGGUGGCGGCGGAGCUGGCUCUGGCGGCGGUGGUGGAGGUGGAGGUGGUUCCACCCACUACAGGCCCGAUUCUGCUGGACACAAGUCGGACAAAUCUGAGAAGGACAAAGAGAAGAAGGACAAAGAACGCGAAGAGAAAGAUAUAGAAAUGAUCAAGGUAUUCGAUGGCAACAAUUCUUUCCGACGCCAACAGUAUCGCGUGAUCAUUGUGCAACGGACUUACACUCUGGAACAGCUUCUGACCACCGCAUUGCGUGCUUUCCACAUCCUGCGUGAUCCGCAGGCAUUUUACUUGACCGAUUUGUAUGCCGCACCUGGAAUGGAGGAUACUCCACUAUUGGAUCCCACACCGGUGCUUAAUCUAACGCACUUGGAGGGCAAACGACCGGCCAUGUAUCUUCGGUUUCACGACAAGGACAAGGGCUUUGUGCGUGUGUAUCCCGGCAAAUUGCAAUGCUCACUGGAGGAUCCCUAUGUCAGUGUUCCUGUAGAUAAUAGCACAGUAAUUAAGGACUUGAUUCGCGAUGCGUUGGACAAGUUUGGACUACAAGAUAACCAAAUACAGGACUAUAGAUGCUCCGAGGUGCUACUCGAUCGUGGCGUUACCGAGCGCAUACUCUCAUGGAAUGAACGCCCGUGGGAUAUUACAAAGCAACUGGGCAAGGACUCCAUACGUCAAAUGGAACUAAUGCGUUUCUAUAUGCAGCAUAAGCAGGAUCCCCAUGGACCCAAUAUUGCCCUCUUUGUGGGUAAUCUACCCACUGGACUCUCACAGAGAAAUUAUGAGCAGAUUCUCAACAAGUAUGUCACGGACGAGAACAAGUUCAUCAGCAUUGGUCCCAUCUACUACGAGUACGGCUCGGUAGUUCUGACAUUUGAGGACUCGCAAAAGGCGGUACGCGCAUUCUACAAUCUAAGGGAGACAAUUAUCGAGGACAAGAAAUUGUUAGUCCUGCUGCUGCCCAAUAUUGAGCCGAGCAUGGUUCCCUCCGAUGUGCGGCCUCUGCUUGUGUUUGUCAAUGUCAAGUCCGGAGGAUGCCAGGGUCUUGAAUUAAUAUCGAGCUUUAGGAAACUGCUGAAUCCGUAUCAAGUUUUUGACUUGGACAACGGUGGACCAUUGCCGGGCCUCUAUGUAUUCCGUCAGAUUACGAACUAUAAGAUUCUUGUUUGCGGCGGCGACGGUACCAUCGGUUGGGUACUUCAAUGCCUCGAUAAUGUGGGACAGGAUUCCGAGUGUUCUAGCCCACCGUGUGCUAUAGUUCCAUUGGGCACGGGCAAUGAUUUGGCACGAGUUCUGUGCUGGGGAUCCGGAUAUACCGGUGGUGAGGAUCCAUUAAAUUUGCUCCGCGAUGUCAUUGAGGCCGAGGAGAUCCGCUUAGAUCGUUGGACCGUUGUCUUCCAUCCGGAGGAUAAGCCCGAAGAGCCAGCCAUGAAGGCACCCUCCCAAACAACCGGUAAGAAGAAGAAGGCUCACCAAGCACAUCUAUCGCAACAAACCAAUCAGCAUCAUCAAUUACCGGCUCUGACAUCGAGUGAUAUAUCAGGUGGUGCACAAAACGAGGAUAAUUCACAGAUAUUUGUAAUGAACAACUAUUUUGGCAUUGGCAUUGAUGCCGAUCUGUGCCUGGACUUUCACAAUGCACGAGAAGAGAAUCCCAAUCAAUUCAAUUCGCGUCUCCGCAACAAGGGCUACUACGUUAAGAUGGGUCUACGCAAAAUUGUUGGCCGCAAAACAGUCAAGGAUCUGCACAAGGAGUUACGUUUGGAAGUCGAUGGCAAAGUUGUCGAUUUGCCACCAGUCGAUGGCAUUAUUAUCUUGAACAUACUAAGUUGGGGCAGCGGUGCCAAUCCCUGGGGUCCUGAUAAGGAUGAUCAAUUCAGCACUCCGAAUCACUAUGAUGGCAUGCUCGAGGUAGUUGGAGUCACUGGUGUUGUCCACUUGGGCCAAAUACAAUCGGGUAUACGUACGGCUAUGCGCAUAGCUCAAGGUGGCCACAUUAAGAUCCAUUUGAAUACCGAUAUGCCCGUACAGGUUGACGGCGAGCCAUGGAUACAAAGUCCUGGGGAUGUUGUGGUCCUCAAAUCGGCUUUAAAGGCCACCAUGCUGAAAAAGAACAAACUGAAGAUGAAACGCCGCAACACGGAACCGACUAUGCUGGUCGCCGGCUCUGCCACACCGCAACUAUCGCUGACCCUGCCACCCAGUGUGGGUGAGGUCGGCGAUGCCGCCGAAGCAGACGGCGGGCCAAAUAAUACGGAUUUCUGAAUAUGGUAUAGCGAGCGUCUGAUUUAACGUGCUAAUUCCAGUGAACCAGCCUAAAAGCAAAAAACCCAAGGAAAACAAAAAGGCAAACUCAACCCACAAAAAAACGCCCACCCAGACAAAAAGAAAACAGCCAACAGCCAUUAGCCAUUAGCCAUAGCCCUAGCCUAGUAGUCAAAGAACCGAUGGCAACUCAAAUCAAAAGCUCAAAUCAAAAUUAACACUAAUAUACAUUACAAAUAUUUAAAUCUAUAUAUAUAUAUAUAUAUAUAUCUAUACAUAUAUAUCUGAUAACUGAAUGUAUCUGAAAAUGUAUAAAGAAUAGAAUCCAUCACAUGCCAAACAAAAAUCUAGAAAACCCAAACACACACACAUAAUCCUCAUUCUCAAGUCUGUAAUAAGUACGUUAAAUUCAAACAGCUCGAACAACAACACCAAAAAAAAGAAACAAUAACAACAACAAAAGUAAUAAUAAACUAAUGAAACUGUAAACACACAUACAAAUAAUAUCUACAACGCUUAGAACCGUGAAUACUCUUCAGUUUCAGCCAACAAAAAAAAAGGAUAAGGCGAACCAAAUGAGAAAGUUUUAUUCCUUAACACUCUCAGCAAUAGUUUUUGAAAAAGUUGUAAGAAAAAAGAAAAGUAAAAAUACUAGAAACAAAAAAAAUAGAAAAUGAAAAGAUAAAAAAUUCAAGUUCAAUUAUGUUCCUUCUCGUUUUGUUCCUAAGUAAGCAAAGCAACCGAGACAAAUUAGUGAUACCGUUAAAGAAAGAAAGCAAGUGAGUGAAAGAGAGGUAGCGCAAACAGUUAAACGUUUUACGUUUGAAGAGAAAACAAAA